UACUGUUCAUCACUAUCAUGUGACGAUCACGUUCUGCAAAUCCACACGCAGACAGGUGGUCCAUGUUUUUAGCUCUAUAGUAUUCUACGACAAAUCAUUUUCAAUCAUGAAACUUUCUAAGACCAACACGGUGGUUUUGAUUUCCUGCGUAUGCUUAAUUGGCACAUGCUACGCGACAAUGCCCAAGUGUACUAAAAUUGAUGACUGCUCGUGCCGAAUACCCGACGGUAAGGAGAUCAACAUCAGAUCGUUGGGUUAUAAUGGGAGCCGAGCCCCAAGGUUCGGGUUUGCACAAGCUUGGGGACCUUGGGAAUAUGCAUACAACCCGUGCUAUGCUUGGACAGAUUCAAACAAGUGCAGAAACAUUGUUGCUUGCCAACAGAGUACCGAUUUUCUUUCGGAAUUCGCUAUUGGCGAUCCCACAGCAACGUGGACACAUGAUGACAGAAAUUACAAUAUUGAGUAUUCUAGCCUGGGAGAUGAUAACAUAACGAGGACAUCAGUGGUGAAAUUGGUGUGUGAUGUAAAAGCCGAUGAGCCCACUUUAGAAAUGUUUGGCUUUUCGCCUGUUGGUCCUGCACAUGUAGAGUAUGAUUUCACCUUAACAUCCAAGUGUGCCUGCCCAGGGUUUUGUCCAUCCUCUACAGCAACAAACAAGCCAACAUUUAAUCCCCUACAUUGUGGCAUGAUCAGUCCAGGAUCUGUCCUUUUUAUCAUCGUUCCAGUGUUGAUAGUGGUGUACCUGGUUGCGGGAGUUCUCUUCAUGAAAUUCGUGCGCCAUGCUGAGGGGACGGAGUUAAUACCCAACAGAGACAUACGGACUAAUCUGUUCGGCAGCAUUCGGGAUGGUUGCAAGAAUGUCUUCACCAGCGGGAAGAAGCCUGGACAUGACAAGUUACAAAGUGAAAUAAUUUGACGGGCUGUAUAGGCCCUUUGCUGAUAAUUAUCGUGUGCGACAUGAAUGGAUUUCGAGAAGUAAACUCACAUACGGUAAUGGUUUAACAAUACUUUUCAAGAAAACUGUAACCUGGUGACAAUUCGAGGUUUUUUUUAUCUCAACAGAUUAGACCUUAUUCAAGAGGGAAGCCAUUUUUUGUCCUUGCUUUAUUCCAUCGUACUGGAUGUAAUGUGUGAAAUGGGGUGGUUCCAGACUACAUGUAGUUGAGGCUCAAAUCUCACUUUGUUUUUAUGUUUUCUGAUUUUCUGUAUUUUUUGCUAAUGAUGCUUGAAACCUUUGGACAGAAGUUAUCACAACUCUUGAAUUAUUCUAAAUCAAACUUGGCAUGAAUUUGUAUGAACUUUUAUUUCAUUGCUCCGCUAUUAUUUUUAAUCUGGGGUUCCUAAAACGAAAGGUUUUACCUCACUUUCAGUUCCUGAUGAAUGAAUACAGUCGACUGACGUCGGUUUAGAAAGGGUCCUCCAAAAUAAUUGACAUUUUCGCUGUAUCUUAAAGGGCGUGCGGGUGAACUACCAGCGAAGAAACUGGUGAAGAAAACUGAGUAUGGAAAAUGGAAAAAUGUUCAGGUAUAUUCUGUGGGCGAGAGCACAAAACGCUAUAGGGGCAACAUUUUUCGCUGGUAAUCUGCAUCCGUUAAACCUUUGUGUACAGAGGUAUAGGAAACGGAAUAUUCAUGCAUCAAAUUUAGUGCUUGCGCAAUUGUUCAUAUUACGCCGAGUGCCCUAAAUGUACAUGUGCAGUUGUCACAAGUCCUCCUAAAAGGCCUUGGAAAUGGUACCUUUGAACUAAAACUCUGAAAAGAACGACUCAGAGAAAAUAUAGGACCAAACACGAUGAAAUAUAGCUCAACACAUUUAAUAUAUGAAUCCCCCUUUAAAUACCACUAAUUACACACCUUAAAUACAUUCAAAGCAAAUCUCGAGGAGAACAUAUCAAAAUUAAAAGAUACUGAUGGGCACUUGUGGUCUUUGGUCCGGGUUUCGGUUUGAGGCGGGUCCUGCUGUCGUCCUCGGGGUUAGUGUCAUCCUUGCACGGCACAUCAGAGGGGCCGGGGAACGUCUACCCGUCAAGCAAGACCCAAUUCCAAGAUAAAAAGCCCUAUUUGUAAUACAAAAUCCAUUUCGAUUAAAUACAGUUUCAAACGAUUUCUGACCAAUCACUUUCACUACAUUUCCAAAGUUUCGGAUUAUCACUUGAAUAAUUUGCCACAGUGUCUAUUUGAUAAAGAUCUCCCAAAACAUUACGACGUGUUGUUCCUUUUAAUCAAACAAUUGCUUUAACAAAACUUCAUCAUGGACCCAUGAUCUACAACGUUCUUUCCAAUAAUAAAUUAACAGGACUUCACGGAAUUUUGUUGCAGUUUUUAUACAAAAUAAAAUACUGAUCAGGUAACCUGGCAUGGCUGUCAAGUUUGAAGAUGUGGGUGACGAGGUGACAAGACUUCUAUACUGCUGGCAUUCUCACUGGCAGCUCGGUGCUCUCAAACUCCCAAAUACGACGCACUAUUUGCGAAAACGAACCAAUCCCUGAUCAAACGUAUCGGUCCAACCUGGGGGAUGAGCGGGUUAGACCGGCCUCUAAUGCCCCAACGUAGUGCCAGCAGUCAAUCUCGUCACCAAGUGCCGAGCUGAUGCCCCUCCCAAGGUUUUUAUACGGAAACGCAAUGCAUUGUCCCAAAUUCCUUAAAACCGUACCAACUAAACUGGAAUGGUCGCGGCCAAUGAACAUUCUUUUCUUGUUGUCCAACGACUAUUGACUACUGACCAGAGUCCAGUCCAUACUUUUCAACCAUUCACCAAGUACUUAAUAUAAAGUCACAGGCACUGGCCUGGGCAUUUCGUCUGACAGUGAAUACCUUGAACCAUUCAGUUCAAUUGAACCACAACGUUCUGGAAUUUGGCACAAUUUUAAGUUAACAAAACACGGCACGUUUCUAUCAUAAAACAAAAAUCUCUUUUAAAUGAAAUCAAACUGUGACAGCAGUCAUUGCCCUUUAUGAGCUCUUUCUUCUGGAAUUAUUUUGGUAAUAAAUAGUCCCGUUGUUUACAGUA